AUGACCAGAGAUGUCUUACAGCGCCACCAGGCAGUCCAUGAAAAAGAUGAGGCAAGGGGCAAAGCCUCAUUACGAUGGACCAAGGAGCGCGCAAUUGAAGCCUGUGAAGCUUGCGCGACCGCAAAACUAAGUUGUGAUAACGAAAGACCUUGCAAACGAUGCCAUUCGAAGCGAAUAAAUUGUGUCCCUAGACCCAAAGGCAGGCGUCUAUCACGCGAACGUCUUUCCUAUUCAUUGUCUCUCCCGCCCUACUCUCCGCAAGUAGGAGAAUCGCCGCCGGGCCUGUCAACUCUGACACCAGCACCUGAAUCUGGGCUAUCAGACUCAUUCCCGGGCAAUGUGCAUGAAAGGUACGAUGCGGACGUUGCCCAAACCAGCGAGUUGGUCUUGGAGACCGUUAUCCCCUACACGGACGCGCAGGCGUAUUUACCCAUGAACGGAUUUCCCGCAUUUUUCGAACAAGUGAUGCUGCCGGUUGUGGACGCCGACGAUGCAGUCCACGAUACACAACAGCCACGUGUGUUCGAUUUCAUGCAGGACACCGAUUUCACAUUUCUAGAUACCGACAUCUUCGGCACAAACUUCAUACCAGAUCUAGAUAAGGCACUCGAUGUUCCAAUGGCUUUCACUGAGUUCGAAAACCCUCCACAAUCCCCGCUAGACGAUCAGGAAUCCGCAAGUCAGCGUGCUGCAGCCUUUGGACGUUCAUUGUGGCUUUGGGUGCCCGAGAAGAAUCAACAUGCAUUCAGCGAAGAAAGACAGAUUCCCUUACGCGACACUGACAGGAUUCCAUCCUCGUACCAGAAUCGCUUGGAUGCAGUAAAAAUUCCUGGGAAACUCUCAUAUCAAGCGAGGGAUGAUAUUUUGAAGCUGGUCAUACGGACCGGAGGCUCUCGACUUUCAGUGACGACCUUUCCAUCUCCAGACUAUCUUGACACUCUGAUUAAAAUCGGGAUUGGGAAGCGAACUGAGACGGACGCCUGGAUCCACCCCUACACUUUCUAUGAUUCAGACUAUCAACAGCUGCGUCCAGAACUGCUCAUGGCUUUGAUUGGGGCGGGAUGUGUCUGUUGUGGAAUGCCCUCUAUCAACAAGACUGGCAUCAUUUUGCAGGAAAUUACUCGAGUGAGCCUCGCACAAUUAGUUGAGGAUGAUAAUAGUGUACUUCGCGAUCUCCAAUACUUGCAGGCUUCAAUGAUGUGGCUUGAUAUUGGAAUCUUUUCCGCUUUGCACAGUGCGUUGGAUACCUUAACAAUUACCAAGCCGCGUGCUCACAGUACUAGGCGGUGCGUCGUAGCGCAGCCUUUGACAGGUCAACCUACACAGUUAUUACUCCAUACUCAUUCGGUACUGACAACGAAUCGUUGA